AUGCCCAUGGAGGUGGCAGCCGAAUUCGCGCGGCCUUUGAGCCUGGACACGGACUCGAGCGAGAGUGGCUCUACCGUGAGGAGCAAAAAGCUCUGGAGAAGGAAGUCGCAAACAAGAAGCAGCUUUUCGCAGCUCAGUUUGACCAGCGACACCGAUGAACCGGCGCCGAAGACGCAGGCGAUCGACGGCAGAAUGAGAGGACGCCCGCCCUCAGUGGGCAAGUACGUCGGCCUCAAGAAAGCCCAGUUGGAGCGUGACAGGCUACAACGAGAAGCGGCGCGGAAAGACGCAGAGAAGGAGCUGGAGGACCAGCUGCAAUUUAUCAAGUCGCCGGUCCCCCCCAGAAUAUCAGACACCGAAGAGGACCGUCCAGUACUGAAGGAAGACCUCCGUAAGUGCACCCAGGUUGUUCGCAAUGUCGUGAGGAAGUCAGGCAACCUAAAAGGCACUUCCCAGAAGGCGCUUAACUGGGUCACGGACAAGAUCGUGAAGUACGUGGAACAGCCUGAGUCCGCUGUCAUUGCGCGCCUCGAGGAGGAAAUAAAGAAGUGGCAGGAACACAGUGCCCGUCUUGAAGCCAACAUGAAGGCCAUGAAGGAGGAGAAUGCCACCCUAAAACGACGCCUCGAAGACCUGGAGGCGUCCGCAAACAAGUCAUCGACGGAGGAGAUGCUGGCGAUGGUGGAAGCGAGGGUCCAAGCCAGGCUGGAGUCGGCCCUGAUGGGGCCAGCCCAAAGGCCCACCCUAGCCCACGAAAGAAGAACCGCCACCGGGGACACACAACUCCCCGUGACGAGCGGAUACGUAGGAGGGGCGCCGAACCCAAAACCGGCCAAAGGCAAGGGAAAAAGGAAAGAGAAGGGAGCAGCCCAACCCGCUCCCGCUUCCCUCCCGCCCCCCUCCCUGCUCCAGUCGCUGGGCCCUCCAGUGCGCCGCCACAACCCGUCGCGGGUCCCUCCACGGCCCCGGCGACUACGACGGCAUCGACGGGCAAAGAAGACCCAGGACCGAAGGAGAGAGACGCCGAAACAAAAGCCCCAAAAGGGCAAGAAGAACGGACCGCCUCCAGCCCAACCCGCUCCAGAGCCCCGCGUGCUGCCGCCAGCCCCGGCUAACGUGGACACGCCGUGGGUCGAGGUGGUCAGAAGAAAGAAGAAGGGGAAGCCGGCAGCAGCGCCAACAAACAGCACGCAGCCGCCGAAACCGACGCGCCGGAAGGAGCCAAAACUGCGGCCGCCACGUUCUGCGGCCGUAGUCAUCUCUCUCACACCAGCAGCAAUUGCGAAGGGCCUAUCUUACAAGAGCGUCCUGACGGACGCCCAAAAUAAGGUAGACCUCACCGGCCUUGAAAUAAGCAAGAUGAGGCCAAAGUUUGCGGCCACGGGCGCCCCAAUGUACGAGGUGCCCGGGGCGAAUUCUGAAGAGAGGGCCGACUCCCUCGCCGCAAGGCUGAGGGAGUGUUUCGCGGGGUCGGAAGAUAUCAAAAUCUCCCGGCCCACGAAGACCGUGGAACUGCGGCUAAGUGAGCUGGACUAUACAGCCACCCCAGAAUCAGUCGCAGCGGCCCUCUCCAAGGCCG